ACAUCAGCCAUCACCUCCACAAACUCGCGAAUCUGCAUACACCUCGCGACCGCAAUUGCUUGAAACAAUGUCUCUCCUCGGAAAGAAGUGGCCGGUGCCUGUCGGCAAGACUGUUUGGCCUUUUUACGCUGCCGGUGUCGUUAUCCUCUACGGUGUCAACGCUGCUGCCAACGCCUCCAUGAAUUCCGCCGAGUUCAAGAACGACCCCCGAAACCCUCACGCCAAGCCAGCCAAGAAAGACCAUUAAAUGAAAUCAAGAUGUUAGGGAAUUGAUUGCAGUUGAAGGGCAAACAUGCAUUACUGCGCUGCAGUGCGAUUUGGUUGUCAAGACAAGGGUUAAGGCGACAUGCCAGUCUCUGCCACGAUUUUCUUUGUACAAAGCAUAUAGACCCUAGCCAGGCGUCUAUUGACGCAGAAAGAAUACUGUAUCACUAUACUACACAUAACGCUACUAAGUCCUAGGUCACUACUUGGAUUUGAGUAGUUUUUGUAACAGCAUGAGUAUGUAAGGUUGAUCGCAUUUGUUCG